GCUCUGAACCCUCCAUUCUUCUACCCACUUCCUCUGGGCUGUUCGGACGCCUCCAUGUGGCUCCCCUGUUUCUCAGGAGACCGGCAGCAAACACAGGAUGGUGUUGUAAUAAGUCAGGAGUGAUUUCCGCUUCCGGUGACCAAAGGGCAAGCGGAAUGUAAACACUGAGCCACCGGGUAGCAGGUCUCUGUGGCUGGCGCGUCUGCGCUGGAAGCCAGAGAGGAGGAGGGGAAGGAGGCGCUGGGUGUUGUGGCGAGAAAAGCAAGGAGCUUUAGAGGCCUGAGAGAGCCGGGUGCUGAGAAUGGCUUCCUUUGGGUGGAAGAGGAAGAUUGGUGAGAAGGUCUCCAAGGCCACUUCCCAGCAGUUUGAAGCUGAAGCUGCUGAUGAGAAGGAUGUGGUUGAGAACGACGAUGGGAACUGGCUUCACGCCAUUAAACGCAGGAAGGAAGUUCUCCUGGAAGGCUGUGCUGAGAAAAGUAAACAGUUAAAGGAUGAAGGGGCCAGUUUGGCUGAAAAUAAAAGAUAUCAGGAGGCAAUACAGAAGUGGGAUGAAGCACUACAAUUAACGCCAAAUGAUGCUACCCUCUAUGAGAUGAAAUCACAGGUCCUGAUGUCUCUGCAUGAAAUGUUCCCAGCAGUACAUGCAGCAGAAAUGGCUGUCCAGCGAAACCCACAUUCGUGGGAGUCUUGGCAAACUUUGGGACGUGCUCAGCUUGGAUUAGGAGAGAUAGUCCUGGCAAUCCGAAGUUUCCAAGUAGCACUUCACAUCUAUCCAAUGAAUCCUGAAAUAUGGAAAGAGGACCUUUCUUGGGCUAGAACACUACAGGAGCAGCAGAAGGUAGCACAGAAGAUGAAAAAAAGUGAAACGCCAUCUGGGGAAACGCAUAUUUCACCAAAGUCGAUUCCUGACUAUGACUUUGAAAGUGAUGAGAUUGUUGCUGUUUGUGCAGCUAUUGCUGAAAAACAGAAGACAGUUUCAGCUAAUAAAACAAUGGUUAUUGUGUCAGCCUCUGGGACUGUAGAGACUGUAACUGAGAAGGAAGAGGGUGCCACCCCUCCGGACGGCUCUGUGUUUAUCAAAGCCCGAUGAAGCAGUAUGUGUAGUGGAGUUGAGUCUGUCGUUUUGAUUGGUACUUAAUGUUUAAACAUAGGUACAUGUACCCUGGAGAAAGAGGGCAAAACUCCUGUUUGUAAAAUAUGGCUUGCUGAUGAGGCAUAAAAUUAAACAGUAGAAUGAUUGUGUUUGAAAUAUGCUUUGGGAAGUUAUGACUUACACAUAAGAUUAGAAUUCUUAGUAAAAUGGUUUUGACUGAUGAACAUUUUAAUUUGGUUAUAUGAAUGAAUACAUUUUAAAGAUACAACUUGAAAAAUGUGUUCUUUAGUAAACAACUUGAUUGCCAUUAGUUUUAAAAUGUUGACCCACUGAUGUUUUGUUUUCUGAUGAAGUAUAUGAUGACUUUCCCUCCUUGAAAUCUGCUGCUUGCUCCUGUCCACUCUUUAAUUUUUCUUGCUAAACGACCAUAAGUAAGCUAAGUAAGUCUUUAUAAUGAAUUUCUGACAUUCAUUUUGAUUCAGUUGUCAUUUGCAUAUAUGUGGAAUCUUUGAAAGUCUGGUUGCAAAUGUGUGCAUUCUGAACAUUUUUUUUAGUCUGUUUAAUUCUAAUUUGUGCUUCGGUUUUGACCUUGAAGUUGUAACAGUGGUAGCUGUCCCCAGUAUUUGUUAGGUGUGUGACAGACCGAUAUCAGAAUGAUGGUUUUAGUUUUACUCCUUGCUGUGUGUCCUCACCCACAAGUAAGUCAUUUUUAAAAUACAGAGUAUCUUUUACAAAUAUGUCAUAAUAAAUUAUAACUCUCCAUUAUCCCAAUCAAAAGCAGUAUUUCUUUUUCUUAUUUUUAGGUACUUAAAAAACUCUGAAGUUAUUUAUUUCAUGCUUGUAAGUUUCUAGAUGAUGAUUUACAAUUACUUUUUAAGAUAAGUUUUUUGGAACCGUUUAGUUACAAUUUUAAAUAGCUAAGUUAUAUUCUAAAAAUAAAAAGGGGUGUUAUUAUUAGAGUGCCACUGAGUGAAUAACUUACACGAAACAUACACAGAAACUGGAAUGUGAUUUAUGGUAUGCUCCCAUGACUGUGUGAAAGAUAUAUUAAAUAGUUUAUUGAAAGGCCACAGUCACCUUCAUAAAAUACUGUCAUUGCUAAUGUAAAUUAUUUUUAUAUUAUAUAUUGUAGUAUAAUUAUAUAAGACUGUUGUGUGCUGUUAUUUCUGGCAGCCAGGAAGAUGUUACUGUGUAAAAUUAAUUUUAUCUGUUAGAAACGAAAGCUACUUUAUGUUAAGGAACCUUAACUAACGCUACUGGAGCAUAUAAAUAAUGGUCUAUGUUUUUGGAGGAUAAUUUUUAAACAUUUUGUUUUAAUAGAAUGCUUGCCCCCCCCCACAAGAAAAUCAGCACUUGCCUUAAAAAAUAUUAUAUUUCCACCCUAAGUUAUAUCCUCAGAAAAUUAACCCUGGAUAGACAGGUAGUUUUAGAGAGACAAAAAUGCUAUUUUGUUUUGUUUUGUUUUGUUUAUUAAGACAGGGUCUUGCUCUGUAGCCCAGGCUAGCCUCGAGCUCACUGCGAUCUUCCUGCAUCUGUCUCCGGGUGCUGGGCAGUAUGCUAUUUUGUGUAAUGGAUAUUUGUGUAUUCUGUAAUAUGUGAAUAAAUAGUUUUUUUCCUGCA